AUGGAUGUUUGCGAGGGCAGCCAAGCUCGCGAGGGAGAAGGCGCGGCACCCGCAUUGCCCUCCCGACCAGGCCAAGGCGUGGGCGCUGGCGCUGGUGGAAUUCCUGGGCGAUUUCAAGGGCCACACGGUGGAUGAUCUGUGGGCGCGCGCCGAGGAGCGGGGCAUCCGGAGCCGAUCACACAUGAGGCAGCUGCUCUACUGGAUGCGGCAGGAGAGAUUGGUGAGCGUGGAGGCGCCGGUGGCCGGAUCGCGCGUGAGGUACUUUAGGCUGUUGCGGGAUCCGGAGAGGGCGGAUCACGUAGUGCGAGUUUCUAGUUCGCUAAGAUCAAACAUCUCCAAAUUCCGGAAUGGAUCCCGCCUCUUCGAUCUGUGAAGCGAUCUAGUGUUCUUGCUCGAGUUUCUAGUCGGCUAUGAUCAAACAUCUCCAAGUUCCGGAAUGGAUCCAGCUAGAACACAAUCGUAAAAAAGAUUUGGUGGAGAUAGUAAGCCCCGUUCUGUUGUA